GGGUAUUUAAAGCCCCUACUCUCACAUUUCAAGUCAGUGUCUUGCCGACAACAGUUUAGGAAACAGCAAGCGUAAGAAGAGAAUCUUGUCGAGCAAAUCGACUCAACGACACAAAAGGUUGCUAAUUCCAAACCAAACAGCCAUGAGGGCUUUGGCUAUUGUUCCACUUUUGGUGGCCACCAUUUUGGCGGCACCCCAAUACGGACAACCUCCAGCAGCAGGUGAGACUGUUUCCAUCACCAAGGAACAGUGGGCCUCUCUGAACCCAUACGGAUCUGCUUCUUCCUACCCGGCUGCCGAACGCCCUCAGAUUGAAGAGAUCCAGAAGCAAUGGGAACGUUUCUAUGAAUACCUUCCGUGGUUGAGAGGUCCCGCUGGACCACCAGGCCCACCUGGAGCCCCAGGAGCCGCUGGAUCGUCUGGCGGUGGUGGUGCCUACGGCGGCGGUUCUAGCUACGCUCAACCUCAGGUCAUUCCAGGACCCCCAGGCCCACCAGGUCCACCAGGACCCGCUGGAUACAAGGGAGAUGCUGGUACUCCAGGAACCCCUGGCUACCCAGGAGGACCCGGACCCCAAGGACCAGCUGGCAAACCCGGAGCACCAGGCUACCCAGGAGAGAAGGGUACACCAGGCUACAACGGAGCUCCUGGAGCCCCUGGCAAACCAGGUUACAACGGAGAGAAGGGAGCCCCUGGCUACAAUGGCGCCCCUGGCCUUCCAGGCGGUCCCGGACUACCCGGCAAAGACGGUUAUCCUGGCGGCCCUGGACCCGCUGGACCUAAGGGAGAAGCUGGACCACCAGGCUACACUAUCCCAUCCAAGAUCCCCGGACCUCCUGGCCCACCAGGUUACAACGGCAAAGACGGUGCUCCUGGAUACCCUGGCGGUCCAGGCCCCGUUGGACCAGUUGGACCUGUUGGACCUCAAGGACUCCCUGGCAAACCAGGUACAAAUGGCUACCCUGGUGGCCCCGGACCUAAAGGUGACGCUGGAACACCUGGCUACGCUGGAGCCCCUGGCAAGGACGGAUAUCCUGGUGCACCUAGCAAGAUCCCUGGUCCCCCUGGACCCGUCGGACCAGCUGGCCCCCCUGGCUACAAUGGCGCUCCUGGCAAAGAUGGUCUCCCCGGCGGUCCUGGUUAUCCAGGCAAAGACGGCAAACCUGGAGCUCCUGGAUACACUGGACCACCAGGUCAACCUGGAUCUUCCGGAUCUUCUUCCGGUGGUGGCUACGGGGCUAGUUCUUAUGCACAACCUCAAGUCAUUCCUGGCCCACCAGGUCCUCCAGGACCUCCAGGGCCUGCUGGGUAUAAGGGAGAUGCAGGACUUCCAGGUACUCCUGGCUAUCCUGGCGGACCUGGUCCGCAAGGUCCACCUGGAAAACCGGGAACUCCAGGCUAUCCUGGAGAAAAAGGAACUCCAGGUUACAACGGUGCCCCUGGAGCUCCUGGUAAACCAGGUUAUAACGGAGAGAAAGGGACACCUGGCUACAAUGGUGCACCUGGCCUUCCUGGCGGUCCCGGUCUCCCUGGCAAAGACGGAUACAGUGGAGCUCCAGGACCUGCAGGCCUUAAAGGUGAAGCCGGUCCACCAGGAUACACCAUCCCAUCUAAGAUUCCUGGUCCUCCUGGCAAACCUGGCUACCCUGGUAAGGAUGGUGCUCCAGGUUACCCUGGCGGCCCUGGCCCUGUUGGUCCUGUUGGCCCUGCUGGACUCCAAGGACCUCCUGGCAAACCUGGCACAAAUGGCUAUCCUGGUGGACCCGGUCCUAAAGGUGAUGCUGGAACACCUGGCUACGCUGGAGCCCCUGGCAAGGACGGAUAUCCUGGUGCACCUAGCAAGAUCCCUGGCCCUCCCGGACCCCAAGGACCUGUUGGCCCUAAUGGCUACAACGGCACUCCAGGAAAAGAUGGGCUUCCCGGCGGACCUGGUUAUCCAGGCAAGGACGGACUCCCCGGUGCUCCUGGAUACACCGGUGCCCCCGGUCUUCCUGGAAAACCAGGCAAAGAUGGAUAUGCUGGCCCAGCUGGAACCCCUGGAUAUCCUGGCGGCCCAGGCCCCGUUGGACCUCAAGGUAAACCCGGAGCUCCUGGAUACCCUGGUGGCCCAGGACCUGUUGGACCCGUAGGCCCCCUUGGUCCAGUUGGACCUCAAGGUAAACCUGGAACCCCUGGCUACCCUGGUGGUCCAGGGCCAGUUGGCCCUCUUGGACCUGUCGGACCUGUUGGCCCUCAAGGUAAGCCAGGUUCUCCUGGUUACCGAGGUCCCACCGGCCCUGCCGGCCCAGCUGGUUCCCCUGGACAAGUCUAUGAAGCGCCAGCUUACCAGCCUCCUGCUUACACGCCAACAGUCUCUCAACAAACAUACGAUCCCCCAGCACCAAGCUAUGGUUAAUUAUCUUACCAUGCUCUAAGCGACAAGAAAAAUAAUAUAUAAACAAAAUUCUAUGCUUGGAUGAAUACUCUGAUCCAUUAAGGAAGUCCGCAUUGAUUUUUAUAUCAUAUAACAUGUUGGUGCCACGUUUUCUCGAUUUGUAAAUAAACCAUACCGUAAAAAGGAAAA